AUGGCCUUCAAGCGCAAGCGCUCUGAAUCGGAGCUCUUCACCUCUUUCAACUCGCCCGCCCGCUCCGAGUCGAGCAUCGAGUCCUUCGAAUCCCCCAUUUCCCCUAGUCCCGUUUAUCCUCGUGCCUACGUGACGCCCUCGCAUCUUCCCAGCCGGACGAUGAAGCGCUUCCGCGACAAUAGACCAUCCGAAAACCAGAUCCAUCAGCGUACUCUAAACAUGCUGUACUCCGCCCAGCAGCAGGGCCAGUACAUCAUCAACCAAACCCACGACGCGAACCUCGAACCCUCCCCCGCCCCCACCUCACGCAGCACGCAAAAGUCCCUCCACAGCUUCUGGAACAUCAAGUCCGCGGCGCCCAGCCUCUCCCCGUCCUCGGCUCCGUCUGUGGCCCAGGCGGUGCUCUCGCCGAUAAGCUGCGAAGAUUGCGGUACGGGGCUGGGAUCCUCUGACGGCGGGAUGGAUGGCAUGGAUGUCGACGAUGCUUACAACUACGGCGCCGGCUUUGAGGCGGAUCACUCCUGCGGUGCGUGCGGCAAGCACGUUUGCUCGCACUGCUCUGUCACAAACCUCGGCGAGCAGCGGAGGUGUUUGCGGUGUGCUGGACGGACGGCUUGGGGAGGGAGGAACAGCUCCAGCUUGACGACCUCGUCCAUGCGUAUUUGCUAG